GUUUCUGAAAGACUAACGAAGAGCCACCUCUUUUCAAUACUGAUGAAGAGUCUUCUUAUUAUAAAUAGGAAGUUAUAACUAGCAUUACAACCACAAUGCAUCCAAAUCAAAUUGUGACUCAAAUGGAGAAAGUGAACAGGCUGGUCUCUCAAAAGCCAGUGGUGAUCUUCAGCUUAAGUUCAUGCUGUAUGUGUCAUACUGUAAAGAGGCUGUUCUUCGACCUCGGCGUUAAUGUCGAUGUACACGAGCUCGACGAGGAGCCGGAGGGGAGGGAGAUGCAGAGAGAUCUUGGAAAGCUUAUUGGAUGUAGUUGUCCGGUGCCAUUGGUGUUCAUUGGAGGAAGACUGAUAGGCUCUACUGAUACAGUAAUGUCUCUUCAUCUCGGUGGCAAUCUUGUUCAGCUACUCAGGGAAGCAGGUGGUCUCUGGCUGUAGCUUUGCUCCAACCACUCCUCACCAUGGCUUUUUUAUAUAUCUGCUGCAAAUAAGGAGUUUUUUAUGUUGAGACUUGAGAGAUCAGUUAAUAUAUUGUAAAGAUCUAGAGCAUAAAUUUGAGUUGUGUAUGUGAUCUUUCUUAAAUUAUUAAAAUAUUCACUAGCUAGAUUAAUUCUUA